AGCUAGGGUUUUAUCAUCGUCUUUAUUCUUCUACUCUCUGCUUCAAUUCUUCAUACUCCUCACAAACCCGCCGGAAAGUUGAUAACUUAUUCAACAAUGGUAGGUUUUGAACUCGGCUCCGUUCCAUUCAAUGCCGACGGAUGGGGUCCACCAGAUUCCUCCAUCUCUGUACCAAACCAAAUCUCUAACGCCCCAUUCGCUCCUUUCUCCCGCUCCGACAAGCUUGGUCGUAUUGCCGACUGGACUCGGUCUCUUUCAAACCGACCCGGAUCCAACUCCAAGCAAAACGCUACUGAUUCCGCCUUCGACUUCUCCGGCGACGAUUCAUUCGCUACCCUCGCCGCUGACGAAGACUCCUCUUUCCGCCUCGUCGACACUGCCGCCAAAUCCCAUCACCACGGGCAACACCGCCCGAAAUUCAAUCCUAGGUGGCGGUUCAACCCUCACCACAACCGCUCUCAGCUUCCCCAGCGCCGCGACGAGGAAGUCGAGGCCCGAAAACGUGAGCAGGAGAAAGAAAGAGCUCGAAGGGACAGGCUGUACAAUCUCAACCGUUCGGGAACAAACGCUGGCCAGAGAAGAGAAUCUGCUGUGUUCAAAUCAUCAGUUGAUAUUCAACCUGAAUGGAACAUGCUCGAUCAGAUCCCGUUUUCGACUUUCUCGAAGCUUUCCUUCUCCGUUCCGGAGCCUGAGGAUUUGCUGAUCUGCGGUAGCCUUGAGUUUUACGACAGGUCCUACGAUCGCAUUACCCCGAAGAACGAACGUCGUCUGGAGAGGUUCAAGAACAGGAAUUUCUUCAAAGUUACUACUACGGAUGAUCCUGUUAUCCGGCGUUUGGCUAAUGAGGAUAAAGCUACUGUUUUCGCCACGGAUACGAUUUUGUCUACUUUAAUGUGUGCUCCUAGGUCUGUUUACUCCUGGGAUAUUGUUGUUCAGCGUGUUGGGAAUAAGUUGUUUUUCGACAAGCGUGAUGGGUCCCAGCUGGAUUUGCUCUCUGUUCAUGAA